AGUUGUUUGUUUGUUUUCGAGGUUUUCCGAGUUCUUUUCUUCAUUUUUUUUGCAUGAUUGCUUAUGUGUGGUUACUAUUGCUUGCUUACGAUAGACUGACCGGAGUGUGACGAAUAGAACUAUCAGGAGUUAUGAGUGCGAUUCAUUUUCAUCAACAGUAUAAGGCAAGUUCACACUUUGAUCAUACCCCUUUAUUACCCAGUUUUUAUGCAUUAGAUUCAAUCCUCAAACACUGUAUGGUUAGGACUUGAUAACAUGUGGGUAUUGGAAAGUAGUUGAUGAGGUAGAACCGAUUGCCUUGCAUUCAAACCUGGGUAUUUACUACGUUAUGCUUACUGCUAUGCUAUGCUCGUAGACGUAGAUUGGUUUGAGAGAAUUCAUGGAAGAUUGUGAGAGAUUAUUGUUAACUAAGGAAAACUUAAGGUGGUUAUUUUAAUACAUAUCUGGGUGGAUUGGUUGAGGCACCCAGGGGAUACCAGUGGAUUGCCCGGACACCUGAGGAAUCCAGUGUUGUCCAAAGAGAUCCCGAACGGCACGAACAGCACGAAUGGCACGUUACCGAACGGCACGUUACCAACUCACCGUCAAACCCUCUCCCGACGUCGGCACCAACGUCCUCCACAACGCCGUCUCAUUCCCGACGCAUUAACUGUCCCCAACUGCCACCUGCAAUACGUCCGUAGUCUCGCAUCUCCGCCUGAUGGACGAGCGACGAUAGCGAGAGCGCGCGAGCUCGUCCGCGCCUGGUGAUUUUCGAGGCUGCUUCCUUCUUUUCUGUCGGGUGCCCUCAUCUCCGGUGUCUAGUUCAUCACAGUAAGCGCAGUUUCAUUUUCUUAGAUAUCACAUUUAACUCGGAGGCAUCAUACAUGAGCCAGAAGUCAGCGGAAAGUAUGAGUUUAACAAUUGAUUUCCUGUUGCCCUCCUAAUAAAAUACUACUAGCAUCCAUCCAUAGCCGCCGGGCAUAUCAUACUCACUAACCGAAGAACGCCAUUAACUACUUCCGGACGACCAGGCCCAGUCUCAUGGUCACAGAGGAAAGUCAAUGCCAAGAAUGGCAAUGGAGCCGUGUCAAACGUCGAUUGCUGGAACAUGACGGAAGUCCCACAAUACGCUUCCGCUCCUGCAAAACACCAAUUUCCGGUGUGCUGGCGGGCGCCGCAAAAGUAUACUGUGGACCUCUUCAAUCAUCGUCAUCUCCCCGGGCGCCUCUCAUUGCAAAGCAGUCUUGACGAUCUACAGAGCAUACAAUUCUACAACCAAAUGCGGUACGCAUACUAUAUAUAUACAGGUAGAACUCCAUCGUGGAAACAUACUAGGCAAGAAAGGGAAAGAGAAAUAGACAGCGGAAAGUUGCCUCCAUAGUGGAAACAGGCUAGGCGUGAGAGAGUUCAGUUUUGGCAACCACAGCAUGGGAAGUGUUCCAGCAGCCACCCCCAGCGUGCGCGAGAUCUGGCGCGCGCAGCGCGCCGACGGGCCGGCGGCCGUGCUCGCCAUCGGCACGGCGAACCCGGCGCACUGCGUGCCCCAGGACGAGUUCCCGGACUUCUACUUCCGCGCCACCAACAGCGACCACCUCACUGCCCUCAAGGGCAAGUUCAAGAGAGUCUUUCAGAAGCUAGGCGUUGAGAAGCGCUACCUCCACCACACGGAGGAGCUGCUGCGCGCCCACCCCGAGUUCCUCGACGACGAGGCGGCGUCCCUGGACGCCCGGCUGGACAUCGUCGCCACCGCCGUCCCGGAGCUGGCCGCGGAGGCCUCUAAGAAGGCCAUCUCCGAGUGGGGCCGGCCGGCCGCCGACAUCACCCACCUCGUGGUCACCACAAACUCCGGCGCCCACAUCCCGGGCGUCGACUUCCGCCUCAUCCCGCUUCUCGGCCUCCGCCCCUCCGUGCGUCGCACCAUGCUCUACCUCAACGGCUGCUUCGCCGGCUCCGCCGCGCUGCGCCUCGCCAAGGACCUCGCCGAGAACAACCGCGGCGCGCGCGUCCUCGUGGUCUGCGCCGAGCUCACCCUCAUGCUGUUCAACGGGCCCAAGGAGGGCUCCUUCGAGAGGCUCAUCCACCAGGGGCUCUUCGGCGACGGCGCGGGCGCCGUCGUCGUCGGCGCCGACCCGCUGAGCCCCGUCGAGCACGCCCUGUUCGAGAUGGUGUCCGCCGCGCAGACGGUGAUACCGGACUCCGGCGACGCCAUCACCAUGCACAUCACCAAGGGCGGGUUCGGCGGCAACAUCUCCACGAGGGACGUCCCGGUGUUCAUUGGGGACAACGUCGAGCGGUGCCUCCACGACUCGCUGGAGCCGCUCGGCAUCGGCGCGAAAUGGAACGACCUCUUCUGGGCGGUGCACCCCGGGUCGUCUGCCAUUCUGGACCGCAUCGACACGGUGCUCCAGCUCGAGCCGGAGAAGCUGGCGGCGAGCCGCCGGGUGCUGAGCGACUACGGCAACAUGUUCGGCGUGACAAUUAUAUUUGUUCUCGACGAGCUGCGCCGGAGGCUUAGGGAGCAGGAAGGGGCCGGCGGCGCGCCGGAGUGGGGUGUGGUGAUGACCUUCGGGCCGGGGCUCACCGUGGAGACGAUGGUGUUGCACGCCACUGGGCACAUGCAUGCGUCCCCAUGAAGAGGAAUUGACACUGGAUUAAGAGGUCAAUUCGUUGUAUCAGUUUGCACUUAUUUGGCACUGUUUGAAGUCGUUUACCAAAACCAUCCUUACUUGAAUGUGUGCGUAAUAAAGUCAAAGUUCAAUA